AUGAAGGCCCCAUAUACUUCAGUGACUUUUGAGUCAACUCAAAACUCAUACCUCUUUCUCUCAUCUCACAUCUCUUCCUCUCAUCUCACAUCUCUUCAUCUCAUCUCACAUCUCUUCAUCUCAUCUCACAUCUCUUCAUCUCAUCUCACAUCUCUUCCUCUCAUCUCACAUCUCUUCCUCUCAUCUAAAUUUUCUUCCUCUCAUCUCACAUCUCUUCCUCUCAUCUCACAUCUCUUCCUCUCAUCUCACAUCUCUUCCUCUCAUCUAAAAUCUCUUCCUCUCAUCUCACAUCUCUUCCUCUCAUAUCACAUCUCUUCCUCUCAUGUAACAUCUCUUCCUCUCAUCUAA